GUAUGACAACCAUUGCUCUCCAUAAACACGAACUGGCUGCCAACUAAGUAGCGACUGCCUCGCCAAUUAGUUAUACAUCGGCACCUCCUUAGAUACCGCCUGUAAUUAUACCGUUUUGCUACUCGAGCCCCUUGACACUGAUCAACCUUAGGAUCGUGUGAUUUAACGACCAGAAUUAAGGUAUCCAGUACCAAAUGACGCCCGUCAGAUCUUUACUCCAAGCAAGCCACACCAUUCAAACACCCAAGCUUUUCUCUCCCAUAGUCGGCUCGCCUUUACAGCGCGGUGCGCCGGCGCGUCUGCCCGCAAUCCAUGGAAGAAAAGGGAACCGCGUCGUCACGCUCGCAGCUUCCACCAGCGGUGCGAGGCGUGGAGCAGGAAGCACGGACGUCGCGCCGUUCAGCUUCCUCUCCCUCGUCUUCCUCGUCUCCGUUCGACCCAUUGAAUGGCUCAGCCACCCAUGACCGACGCCCAACGGCAAGAAUUCGCCCGAGAGCGCGCGCAGCAGCUGGUGCGGUUGAUGGAGGACAUAGUGGGCGUGGCGGUCAAGACGGGCCGCGCGGUGCCACGCGCUUUGUGCAAGGCGUGCAGGCUGUUGCCGCCGUCGGCUCUGACUGGCUGCUGCAACAGUUACAGGCGGUGCAGCAGCAGCAGCGCCUGGCCCCAUCCACGUCUCCAAUCUCCUCUGUCCAGCUGCCCGGCCCGGCUGAACUGCGCCGUCUCUUUGAGCGCCUGGGCGCAACGUACAUCAAGCUGGGGCAGUUCAUCGCGUCCGCACCCUCGCUCUUUCCCCCGGAGUACGUCUCCGAGUUCCAAUCGUGCCUGGACCGCACGCCGCCCGUGCCGUUCGCCACGGUGAAGGGGAUUGUGGAGCGCGAGUUGAAGCGGCCUCUGGCGGACGUGUUUGAGUUUGUGGACCCCACGCCGCUCGCAUCAGCCUCCAUUGCUCAGGUGCAUGCGGCGAGGCUGAAGGGCAGCGGUGCGGACGUGGUGGUGAAAGUGGUGAAGCCGGGCGUGGCAGACACGCUCACCACGGACCUCAACUUCGUCUAUGUCUGCGCGCGCGUGCUCGAGUUCCUCAACCCCUCCAUCGAACGCACCUCGCUCGUGGGCAUAGUGCAGGACAUCCGCACGUCCAUGAUGGAGGAGGUGGACAUGUCCAAGGAGGCACGCAACCUCGCUGCCUUCUCCGCGUACCUCGACUCCACGCCCUCGCUGCGCACGCUCGCCACGUGCCCGCGCGUGUACACACACGCCUCGUCCACGCGUGUGCUUACCAUGGAGCGAAUCAAGGGCGUGCCGCUCACGGAUCUGGAGGCUCUUAAGGGGAUUGUGCCCAACCCUGAGGCAACGCUUAUUGCUGCGCUGAAUGUGUGGUUCGGCAGUCUGUUUGCAUGUGACACCUUCCAUGCGGAUGUGCAUGCUGGCAACUUGCUCGUGCUCAAUGAUGGCAGAGUUGCAUUCAUUGACUUCGGCAUCGUGGGGCGGGUAUCUCCCGACACCUGGGCGUCUCUGGCCACAUUCCUGGCAUCCAUAGGGUCGGGCGACUAUGACGCCAUGGCCUCUGCACUCAUCGGCAUGGGCGCCACAGCUGACAGUCGCACCAUCGACACAAGGGCCUUUGCCAACGACCUCAGACAACUGUUUGAAGCUGUGGAGGACCUGGACCCUCAGGUGAUAGUGACAGCCACCCAACAGCAGCCCAUGGGGGGAGGCAUGCCAGGGAGGGGCUCAGGCAGUGCCACGGCUACGGUGUCAGCAGCAGUGGCAGUGGACGAGCAGCAGAUCAAUACUCUGCUGCUGCAACUUGUGCGCGUGAGCGAGGGGUACGGGCUGCGCUUCCCGCGUGAGUUCGGGCUGCUGCUAAAGCAGCUGCUCUACUUUGACCGCUACACGCGCCUCCUCGCACCCUCCCUCAACGUGCUCGACGACGCGCGCGUCAGCAUCAGACCCCCUCCCUCUGCUCCCGGACCUGGGGGCAGUGGGUCAUACUCAGGCUAUGGACGCCCGGCCUUCUAGCUCUGACGAUAUCGAGGUGCCUAGAAAGGGGUCCCUGUCCCGCGUAUGGAAGAAUCUUACCAGGCGCCUGUAGGCGCCCCUGUGUAGAGGGCUGGUUGUUGAUGCCUGGUCAAUGGGGGCCGGCCAGCCUUAUUCAGACACAAGGCAGAUGAGCUGUGCAUGGCGUGGCGGUGAGGGGAGAGAGUUGGGAGACUGUCGGUGCGGUUGCAGCAGACGAUGUAAAAUGUGGGGUUUCUUCUGUUUGUGUUGAAACCGGAACAGGAAAGGAGGGCUGCUUUCUAUAUGGUAUGAGAACUCUCUACAUCAACCAGGGAAAGUGCAGGA